AUGCCCAAGAAACAAGACAGUACUUCCACUCCGCCUUCUGUUUCUGCUACUUCCACUGCGAGUACCGUGGAGGCGAAGAAGGUCAAAGAUCAAUCAUCAUCAUCAUCGGCCAGACCAAAGAUGAAUGAAUAUGUCAAUGUUUCAAUCACUGUGGCUAACAUUCCAUACAUUGCCUUGUUGAUCGCCUUUGCUUACACCAUGACUUCUAAAUUGCCAGUCAUUUUGGGACAAAUUAUUGAAGGUAAUGGAAAGUUGGAUAAUUCCACACCAAGAGAACAACAAGCGAGAAUGACUGGAUUUGGUUCAAGAGCCGACGGAGCUCACAAAAAUGCAUUCGAAGCCUUGACUGGAUUUGGUAUUAUUGUUGCUGUCACAUUGUUUAGAAUUGGAUCCAACACUGAUGCUCGCUCUUUGGAGUUGGCUGCUUCUUUGGUAAAGGAAAGCAUUUUCUUUGUCAUUGCAAGAACCAUUUUCCAAGUGUGGUAUCCAUUGGGUUUGCCAUCUUUUGUUAGAACCAUUAUUUGGGCAUUUGGAUGGAUGAGCGUUUUGCAACUCUACAUUAACAAUGCUACUUUUUAA